AGUACAUAAACAUACCACCCAGCCAGCUCGCGCGCCAUCUUCUUGCUAAUAAGCGGCCCGAAUAAAACCCUCAUUGCAGUUUAUUGCUAUCAAAAUACGCGGUUGCAUUAGCUAUAUUGAACAAUGAGUGACGUUGAGGAUGGAAAUUAUGAGGGACGGGGGUCACGCUCCCCGUCUAAAUCGGAUCGUGGGAGUCCAGCUCGAGUCAAGACGGAGAGCAGGUCCGGCUCCCAGAGCCCAGCCCGAGCCUCAAAACGCUCAGAGUCCAGAUCCCGCUCUCGGUCAAAAUCUAGGUCUCGUUCUAGGCGGCACUCAAAUCGCCGCUAUAGCCGCUCACGCUCUCGCUCCUAUUCCCACCGGAGGAAGUCCCGCUCUCGCUCCUACAGCACCGAGUACCGCCGCAAGAAGAGCCAGAGCACUUCCCCUAUGUCAAGCCGCCGCCGUCCCACUGGCAGCAAGAGCCACGACUUCCCAAAAGAAGCAAACAGUCAAGGCGCAGAUGGUGACGUGAGGGCAAACCCUGACCCCAGCACAUGUUUGGGGGUGUUUGGCUUGAGCCUGUACACCACAGAGCGCGACCUAAGGGAGGUGUUUUCACGCUACGGUCCUCUGGCAGGGGUCAAUGUGGUGUACGACCAGCGGACAGGUCGCUCCCGUGGCUUUGCCUUCGUUUACUUCGAGAGAAUUGAUGAUUCCAAAGAGGCAAUGGAGCGAGCCAAUGGCAUGGAGCUGGACGGGAGGCGCAUCAGAGUGGACUAUUCCAUUACUAAACGUGCUCAUACCCCCACACCAGGAAUCUACAUGGGUCGACCAACUCACAAUGGUGGUGGCAGUGGUGGCGGCAGCAGCAGUGGAGGAGGCGGCGGUGGCAGAGAGGGAGGCCGUGAGGGAGGCCGAGAAGGAGGUCGAGAGGGAGGCAGCAGUGGUGGAAGCGGAAGCAGCAGGAGAGGGAGAGACUCUCAUUAUGACCGCGGCUAUGAGCGCUACGACAGAUAUGAAGAGUACGAUUAUAGUCGCAGGCGCUCUCCAUCACCCUACUACAAUCGAUACAGGUCUCGCUCACGGUCUCGCUCCUACAGCCCACGGCGAUACUAAGAUUCCUCCUUCAACGUUCAGCUUCCCUCCAUUGAUUGAUGGUGUGUGACUCGUCAAGGUGUUUCUGAGGGCAACAUUUUGAAUCGGCAUGUCUAUAUUAACAGAGCUGUUAAGUUUUGAGAUGGUUCUUGUUCACAUGCAAUAGAUGUCUUAAUUUUUUAGACGUUUUGAUGCAUCCACUCUGCAACUCUUGCUUCAUUCUUAGACUUGCAUCCUUCCUUUCAUAAUGAAUGAUACCUUUUUUCCUUACACUGUUGAUGACUGUUGACGUGGUUCUUGUCAUGAUCGGGAAAGUAAACUGGGUUUUAGUCAUUAAUGGUGACACUUAAAUUUACAACCAAUAUUAAAUAAAUGUAACAAUCCACUCUGUAUGUACAGAAAAGACCACAGAUUAAUGUUACCUCGCACUAACUGAUUUUUAAAAGUAAGUAGCAGGUAAAUCUGGCUGUAAAAUUGAGUGUUCCCAGCAAUCGGUGGUUGGUUCUCUGCUCACAUUCGUAUAUUUUUUUCUUAGUCAAGGAAGUCAUCGUUUGAGUUUUUCCAGAGUUUUAUUAUCAUGUAUUACAAUUUUUUUUUAUUGUUGUUGUUUUAUUUGUAUGGGAAUACAAAUAUAUGAAAACUCCAAAGUUUGUGAUGUGUUUCUAUGACUUAAUGUGCAUGAAAUUAAAGUGAAGCGUUUGUCGUA